CAAACUUAAUCUAUCAAUAUUUGGAAAUGAAAUCUCUGUUUCUGCUACACAUCUGUUGGCUGGAAAUCAUCGCAGGAAUCAGGGUGGAACCUUCAGUGGACCAGUAUGGGUUGAAGGGGGGUUCAAUAUGUCUGGCUGUUCCAGAACCUGAGAUUCUCAAAGGACUUCAAUGGAAGACGGGCAGUGAUGUAAUAGUUGAUGAUAAAGAGAUUUCUCCUAAAUAUAAGGAGAAAGUGGAUUAUAACUCUGUCAACCAUUCUCUGUGUAUUAAGAAUCUGCUGAACACAGACAGUAGAAUUUACAUGGGAAGUGCAAUUAAUCAGAGAGACUGGACUGAUUCAACUACCACAUACAGACUAAAGGUGCUUGAUCAUGUUCCCAAACCAGUUAUGGAUGUCACGUCUCUCUUCAACACAAGUGUGGGACUCUGUGACGUCACAGUGAACUGUUCAGUUAAAGAUGGCUGGAUGUUGUCUGUCUGUGGCGGGGGUCAGUGUACACGGUCUCAACAGUUACUGUCUCUGUCUGGGGUCAACAUCAUCAUCUCCAAUGGCAACGGGAGUUUCCAAUGCACCGGCAGCAACCACGUCAGCACACAGACCAUCUCUCAACCCAUGGAGGACAUAUGUAUUGGUGAGAAGGACGGCAAAGCUUCAGCAUUAUCAGUCAGGACCAUCGUGGCCAAUACUGUUGGAUCAGUGUUUGUUUAUGUUGGAUUGGCAGGCACCAUAAUGGGCAUCAUAAAGGUCAAAAGAUGGAUAUCCUCAAAAGAAGUUGACUCAACUCAG